UGGCCCGAGCAUGGAGCCCGCCUGAGACGCUCCGCGGGCUCCGGCAGCUGCUGCGGCGGCCCAACAUGGAGGCGGCGGCGCCGCCGCUCCCGCUGCUGCUGCUGCUGCGGCUCCUGUCCGCCUCGGUGCUGCGCUGCGGGCCGGCACCGGCCGCCGCAUCACCCUUUCUGCUUUUUGCCAACCGGCGGGAUGUUCGACUUGUGGAUGCUGGAGGCACAAAGCUGGAGUCCACUGUGGUCGUCAGUGGUUUAGAGGAUGCUGCUGCGGUGGACUUCCAGUAUUCACAGGGCAUCAUUUUCUGGACAGAUGUGAGUGAAGAAGCCAUCAAGCAAACUUACAUUAACCAAACUGGGAAUGUGGUGCAGAAUGUCAUCAUUUCUGGUCUGGUUUCCCCGGAUGGCCUGGCAUGUGAUUGGAUUGGGAAAAAACUUUACUGGACGGAUUCAGAAACCAAUAGGAUAGAAGUAGCUAAUCUCAAUGGAACAUCUAGAAAAGUCCUCUUCUGGCAAGAUCUUGAUCAGCCCAGGGCAAUAGCUUUGGAUCCUGCUCAUGGAUACAUGUAUUGGACUGACUGGGGUGAAACGCCCAGAAUAGAACGGGCAGGAAUGGACAGCAGCACACGAAAAAUAAUUGUUGAUUCAGAUAUUUAUUGGCCAAAUGGACUCACAAUAGAUCUUGAUGAGCAGAAACUUUACUGGGCUGAUGCAAAACUGAGUUUCAUUCAUAGGGCAAAUCUGGAUGGUUCCUUUAGGCAAAAAGUUGUUGAAGGCAGUCUUACUCAUCCUUUUGCACUGACAUUGUCUGGGGACACUUUGUAUUGGACAGACUGGCAAACACGCUCCAUUCAUGCCUGUAACAAACGGACAGGAGAGAAAAAGAGAGAAAUAUUGUCUGCCCUGUAUUCACCGAUGGAUAUCCAGGUCUUAAGCCCAGAUCGGCAGCCAUACUUUCACACUCCAUGUGAAGAAAACAACGGUGGUUGCUCCCAUCUGUGCCUGCUGUCUCCAAGAGACCCAUUCUACAGCUGUGCCUGUCCCACUGGUGUACAGUUAGAAGAUGAUGGCAGGACAUGCAAAUCAGGUGCUGAAGAAGUCUUGCUGCUCGCUAGGAGGACUGACCUGAGGAGGAUUUCCCUGGAUAUGCCUGAUUUCACUGACAUUAUUCUUCAGAUAGACAAUAUCAGACAUGCAAUUGCCAUAGACUACGAUCCUGUGGAAGGCUACAUCUACUGGACUGAUGAUGAUGUCCGGGCAAUUCGUCGGGCCUACCUUGAUGGCUCUGGAGCACAGACUCUGGUAACCACGGAAAUCAACCAUCCAGAUGGCAUUGCUGUGGAUUGGGUGGCAAGGAACCUGUACUGGACUGAUACUGGAACAGACCGCAUUGAAGUGACCCGGUUGAAUGGGACAUCAAGAAAGAUCAUCAUCUCAGAAAACCUAGAUGAACCUCGAGCAAUAGUGCUUAAUCCUUUAAUGGGCUACAUGUAUUGGACGGACUGGGGUGAAAGUCCAAAGAUAGAAUGUGCUUAUUUGGAUGGCUCAGAAAGGCGAGUUCUGGUGAAUACGUCCCUAGGUUGGCCUAAUGGCUUGGCACUGGAUCUUGAGAAAAACAAGCUUUACUGGGGAGAUGCAAAAACAGAUAAAAUUGAGGUCAUAAACGUUGAUGGAACAAUGAGGAGAACUCUCCUAGAAGAUAAGCUUCCACAUAUAUUUGGAUUCACACUGCUGGGAGAUUACAUCUACUGGACUGACUGGCAGAGACGAAGCAUUGAAAGAGUUCACAAGAUAAAGGCUAGCAGAGACGUCAUUAUUGAUCAGCUGCCAGAUUUAAUGGGCCUUAAAGCAACAAGUGUUACCAAAGUGUUUGGAACUAAUUCAUGUGCAGAAAACAACGGAGGCUGCAGCCAUCUGUGUUUCUUUACACCCCAGGAGACCAGGUGUGCCUGUCCCAUUGGCCUUGAGCUGUUGAGUGACAUGAAGACUUGCAUCAUUCCUGAAGCCUUCUUAGUUUUCACGAGCAGAGCAGCAAUUCAUAGGAUUUCCCUUGAAACCAAUAAUAAUGAUGUUGCUAUUCCUCUUACUGGAGUCAAGGAAGCAUCUGCUCUGGAUUUUGAUGUCUCUGAUAACAGAAUCUAUUGGACUGAUGUUAGUUUGAAGACCAUAAGCCGAGCUUUCAUGAAUGGGAGCUCUGUUGAACAUGUGAUUGAGUUUGGGCUAGAUUAUCCCGAGGGAAUGGCUGUAGACUGGAUGGGAAGGAACCUGUACUGGGCAGACACUGGGACCAAUCGCAUUGAAGUAGCCCGCCUGGAUGGACAGUAUAGACAGGUCCUGGUGUGGAAGGACUUGGACAACCCAAGGUCUCUUGCUCUUGAUCCUACCAAAGGAUACAUGUACUGGACUGAGUGGGGAGGUAAACCUCGGAUUGUUCAAGCAUACAUGGAUGGAACAAACAGCAUAACUUUGGUAGAUAAAGUGGGUCGUGCCAAUGACCUCACUAUUGAUUAUGUGGACCAAAGACUAUACUGGACUGACUUGGACACAAGCAUGAUCGAGUCAUCAAAUAUGCUAGGACAAGAACGAGAAAUCAUAGCAGAUGAUCUACCUCAUCCUUUUGGAUUAACCCAAUACAGUGACUACAUCUACUGGACAGACUGGAAUCUUCACAGUAUAGAAAGAGCAGACAAGACCAACGGGAAGAACAGGACACUUAUUCAGGGCCACCUGGAUUUUGUGAUGGAUAUAUUGGUCUUCCAUUCUUCACGUCAGGAUGGCUUGAAUGACUGUGUGCAGAAUAAUGGCCAUUGUGGCCACUUGUGCCUAGCCAUACCAAAUGGAUUUAGGUGUGGCUGUGCUGCUCAUUACACCUUGGAUCCCAACAGCAGGAACUGCAGUUCCCCUGCCAGCUUCCUAUUGUUCAGCCAGAAAUCUGCAAUCAGCAGGAUGAUACCAGAUGACCAGCAAAGUCCAGAUAUCAUCCUGCCCAUGCACGGUCUAAGGAACAUCAAGGCUAUUGAUUAUGAUCCCUUGGAUAAAUUUAUCUACUGGGUAGAUGGACGUCAGAAUAUUAUAAAAAGAGCCAAAGAUGAUGGUACUCAGCCUUUCACAGUCAUGAGUACUCCAAACCAAAGCCAGAACCCGGAGAAGCAACCGCAUGACCUCAGCAUUGAUAUCUACAGCCAUACCUUGUACUGGACCUGUGAGGCCACCAACUCGGUCAAUGUGCACAGGCUGAACGGCGAGUCCAUUGGGAUGGUGCUGCGAGGGGAGCAUGACAGGCCCAGAGCCAUCAUAGUGAAUGCAGAGCGAGGGUACAUGUACUUCACCAACAUGCAAGAGCGAGCUCCCAAGAUUGAGCGUGCAGCCCUUGAUGGCACAGAGAGAGAAGUGCUUUUUACAACUGGGUUGAUCCGACCAGUAGCACUGGUGAUUGACAACAAACUUGGAAAGCUUUUCUGGGUGGAUGCAGAUCUGAAGCGCAUCGAAAGCUGUGACUUGUCAGGUGCUAACCGCGUGACCCUGGAGGACUCCAACAUCCUUCAGCCAGUGGGACUCACCGUGCUGGGGAAUCACUUGUAUUGGAUUGAUCGUCAGCAGCAGAUGAUUGAGAGGGUGGAGAAAAUUAACGGGUACAAGAGGAGUAGAAUUCAAGGCCGAAUUGCUCACCUAACCGGCAUUCAUGCUGUGGAAGAGCUUGAUAUGGAGGAAUUCUCUGUGCAUCCGUGCUCCCGUGACAACGGUGGAUGUUCACACAUCUGCAUUGCCAAAGGGGAUGGAACUCCAAGGUGUUCAUGCCCCGAGCACCUUGUGCUUCUGCAGAAUCUCUUAACAUGUGGAGAACCUCCAACUUGUUCCCCAGACCAGUUUACCUGUGCAACUGGAGAGAUUGACUGUAUCCCAAUGGCGUGGCGCUGUGAUGGAUUUCCAGAGUGUGAUGACCAGAGUGAUGAAGAUAGUUGCCCCAUAUGCUCUGCAUCGCAGUUCCAGUGUGAGAAAGGACAGUGCAUCGAUGCACACUUACGGUGUAAUGGAGAGAUUGACUGCCAAGAUAAAUCUGAUGAAGUGGAUUGUGAUACCAUUUGUCUACCCAACCAGUUCCGAUGUGCAAGCGGACAGUGCAUCCUCCUGAAGCAACAGUGUGACUCCUUUCCCGAUUGCAUUGACGGUUCUGAUGAGCUGAUGUGUGAAAAAACAAAGCCAGCCUCAGAUGAGUCACAGCCACACAGCAGUGCUAUCGGUCCUGUCAUUGGGAUAAUACUGUCGCUUUUUGUUAUGGGAGGAAUGUACUUUGUUUGCCAGCGAGUAGUGUGUCAGCGCUAUGCCGGGCCCAAUAGUCCUUUUCCACACGAGUAUGUCAGUGGCACUCCUCACGUCCCUCUGAAUUUUAUUGCUCCAGGAAGUUCACAACAUGGCACUUUUACUGGCAUCUCUUGUGGAAAGUCCAUGAUUAGCUCCAUGAGUCUCAUGGGAGGAAGCAGUGGUGCCCCCUUGUACGACAGAAACCAUGUUACUGGAGCCUCUUCAAGUAGCUCAUCCAGCACUAAAGCCACUUUCUACCCACAGAUCUUGAACCCACCUCCUUCCCCAGCUACGGAUCGCUCCCUGUAUAAUGCAGAGAUGUUUUACUCCUCAAACAUUCCUUCAACCACAAGAUCUUACAGGCCAUACCUUAUACGAGGGAUAGCUCCACCCACAACCCCAUGCAGCACAGAUGUGUGUGACAGUGACUAUACUACUAGUCGAUGGAAGGCCAACAAAUACUAUAUAGAUUUAAAUUCAGACUCGGACCCUUAUCCCCCUCCACCCACACCUCGCAGUCAGUACAUGUCGGCAGAAGAGAGUUGCCCUCCAUCUCCUGCCACGGAACGAAGCUAUUUUCACCUCUAUCCCCCUCCACCUUCUCCUUGUACAGACUCCUCAUGACCUCAACAGAAGGAACUUUUCCUGUAAAUAUUUUAAAAUACAAACAGAUUUAAAAUAUAUAUUUUAUGAUUUAAAAAUAAAUUGAGGUGGGAAUUAAAGAAAUGUGAAUAAAAUGUGUGGGAGGGAUGGGGCUGUGAAAAAUUGUACAGAGGAAGAAUAUUUAUAAAAUUGAUUUUUUUAAUUUAAUUUCCAUUCUUUUGUGCCAUAUUUGCCUUUCUGAAGUCAUGAGAAUUACUUAAUCUCCAAAGGAUUUUGGGAGGGAGUGUUGAGCCUUUUUGCGUUUUUAAAUCACCUUUUUACAUGCAAAGUGUACAUAAUUAUUUUUAUUAAUGUGAAGUGAGAAAGCAAAAUGUCUUGUGGGAGGAGUCUAAAGAAAGGUGUAAGUUUAUUGACAGAGAAGAAGAGCACAUUUAAAUGAAACUGUCAGUAUCUCAUCACUCCACCACUGGGAGAAAACAGCCUUUAGAUGCUUCUGUUUGCAAGUGAACUGAAUUGUUCCUAGCAGAACUUGUAUGCUGAGACCUGGAUCUCAGACCUCUCUUUCCAUUUACUUUUUGCUGAACUGGAAGAACACUUCUUUUGGCCAAGCCUUCCAGCUAAACAAGGCCCACAGGCAUCAUUCUCUACCUCAUGUCACUUGCCACUCUGCCAAUUCUGGAACUGAUUCAAGCUAAAAGAGAGAACCAGCCCUAAAAAACUUGUCUUAGAUCCAAUCAGUUCCCUACCUGACUGGAUGAAUGAUAGCAGGAGCAGUUGUAUUGACCAGUGAGUGAGAGCAAAGGGCAAGUGUAAAGUGAUGUUUAAGCUAAGAGAAAUGCCUGACAAAUUGUAGGUUUGGUUAGACUCACCAUUUUAACUGUGCUGAAACCAAGCUCCUUCAUCCUUCUGUGAGGGGCUUUGAUGGCUACCUAGAAAGAGGCUGUAAUAGUCAGCUGCUUCUCAAGAUACAAUGCUAGUUCUCUUCCCCAAAAGUCCAGUAAUUCACUGUGCCAGGUCUCUGUUUACCUCUGUUGACUUUAACAGAGAAUUGCUUCAUCUCUCAUGUUCAUUUUCCAAAAUGGAAUUAAAUGGUCGUGUGUAUUCCUUUAAAUGAGGGAAGUUCGUUGGGUUUUAAUUGGUGUUUGUAGAAAAUGGUAUUUGCAGAGCUCAAAACAAAAACAUCUGCGAUUCAAACAGGUCAGUUGUAUCGGAAAAUUUCCCACAAAAUUAGUUCAGGUUUAGAAAUAGGAAAAGCACAGGGGAGGAAGGAGAGGAGAUGAAUACUUAUUCCUAAUCACAAUGAAAUAAAAAAGAUACUCAUACAAAGUGCUGUAACCCAAGGACAUCACGAUCAGCAAAAUAUUCAUGUUCCAAACUCCUACCAAAAAAAACCCCUUUGGGAAUGAGGCACUAGGAUAAGGUGCUUUCAAAUCUCAGAAGAUAAAUUUUGGGAUUGAUAGCUCUUGUGCUGUAACAAAAGAGCUUACAUACAGCACUUUGUAACUUCAGCUCUGGUGAUGGUAAUGUGGGUGCCUACGUGGAACAUCUGAGGGAAGUUCUGAAUAUGCGGCCUCACACCUGUUUCUGCAGCUGCCAAAUAACAAAUGUGUAGGGCCUUUGACAGCCUUAAUUUUGAUGGCAAUGAUGAAUUUUUGUCAUUGUUUGAACUUAAAUUGUACUUGGUUUGGGGUCUUUUUAGUAAGUUAUUUGAGAGCACAUCUGAGGAACCCUACAAAAAACUAUUUGACUGUUCAGGUGAGGGAGCCCUGGCACAGGCUGCCCAGAGGGGUUGUGGAGGCUCCUUCCUUGGAAGUCUUCAGGACCCGCCUGGACAUGUUCCUAUGUGACCUGAUCUAGGUGACCCUGCUUCUGCAGGGGGGUUGAACUAGAUGAUCUCUAAAGGUCCCUUCCAACCCCUACCAUUCUAUGAUUCUAUGUUUCUAUGAUUCUAUGAUACAACUCUGGGACAGAGGUCUUGGUUGUGGUGAGGAAUUGAGACCACAGUGUUCUGAUCCAGGCUGUUUUAUCAAAUUUACAAAAACACACAUCUGUUCUUCCUGUCUCCGUUGUUCCAAGGACAGGAUUUGUGCUGUCAUUAGUGUAUUACUAAAACUCUUGCUUUUGCUACCUUCAUGUCUAAAUUUUCACUUGAGUGACUGAGCACAAAGAUGCCCACCAUUUUUUCAUGGAGAAAAAUAUAGAAUGGGAGUUUAGGAAUGGGUUCUUUCCCCAUCCCUGUCAUCAUUAAUUAUUCUGUAGUAUGCCAGGUCACAGCCUGUUACUGUUAGUGACUUGACAGAUCUCUGAACAAGUGUUAGUUUUGUAAAAUGCAGCAAUUCUCACAUGAUCGUGUUUCAGUGAAGUAAAUUUGGAAUAUAGAUGCACAGGAUAUUUUAUGUACCACAUCAGUCAUAUCAUUGGAGUACUUGAUCUGAAUUACACAGUUAGUAGUCCAGUUUCAUAUCGCAUGGAAUUUUGUACAUGAUAACUGUUUAUCAUUUCUAAUUAACUCAUUAGUUUAGUUGUUUCGUGUUGCAGUUCAUAGUGCAUUGUUUUUCCUGUGUUCCUGUGAUGACACUGGAUGCAAAAUUACAUUGAUUUUUUUGUUGUUUUUUUUAACUACUGAUAGUUUUAAAGAGCCACAACUGUAACAGUCCUAACCACUUCAUCUGAAGACUUAUAUCCUAUUACAAAGUUUGAAGUUGAGACCAAGAAAAUUAGCAUUCUAGCUGAGAGCUAAACUGUCUUAAGAGUCAAUUUCUGUUGGCACUUAGGUAUUCAGAAGGAAGGAAACGCUGAAUGGAGUAAAUGAGGCAUCUACAUUUUGGCUUUGGUUGGACAUUCAUAGCCUCUUGCUGCUGAUGUUUGCUGAGAAAUUGCCACCUCUGAGGCACUGAAAUUUAGUGAUCAGAAUCCCUUUGUAUACAAAUUUAGCAUCUUAACACUUAAAUUUUUUUUUAUUGCUGCAGACUGUAUCCUACAGAAGGAUUACUGGUGCUAGAAAGAAAAUUAGCGUGACAGGAGCUGCUUCUCACCAGAAGUGUCUCUUAAUGUUUUCCAUCCUGUGAGCUUUUAGGCUAAAAUGUAGAAAAUAGAUUUUUAACCUCUAUUUUCCAAGCCUAUUAUGACUGAAACACCUCAGGGUGUAAUACAGAACUGUGUGUGGUGAGCAGCUAGUAAUGGGCAAAUGAUAUGGUUGGUUCUGUGUUACAUUUAAAGGACAGAUGUUCUAGGAGAGAGCAGCUUAACUGCCUUCCUGUGCAGUUUUUAAAGCAGCUAUUUGGGCCAUCUUCUGUAGAAUUCAUCCUGUCUGUAGGGCAGGUGUAGUAGCAGUCUGAAGCUGUAGGUAAAUGGACAAGUCAUGAUCUUGGACAGGGAAAUAUUCUUUCAUUUCAAGCAAAGGUCCUGUGUAAAUUACAGCUUGGCUUUACUUCAUCUAGACUGGUUAGCAGCUACUGCACCCUGAAAUUUGCAAUGGAGGUAAUUAUUGCUGGAUGAUUUUGAGGAAAUCUUUGUUAACACUAUCUCAGCUGUCUUACUGCUUCAGUUUUCUUCUGUCUGGCUGGAUCACUGAAGAGCACUUAGGCUGACAUUAAGCUAAAUCUGUGUGUAUGACAAUGUUUUCUUCGAGGUAGUGUCAGUGUCUCGUGUCAAAAAAUGAGAUUGUGCCAUUAUCGGCAUGUUCUAAAGAGGAAGGCAGAGAUUAGUGGAAACGAGUUUCUUCUUUUGAGAAGCUGGGUUUAAUUUUCAGGAAUAAACCUUGAUCUCUCUGGUUUGCAAAGGGUGCAAGCACUUCCCCAAAAGUUACAAUUCAAAAUGGUCUCUUCCUUAAUGCCUGUUCUACACACCCAGGAUGGGCCUUCUGUCCAGGACAAUUAAGCUCAAAUAUAUUUUCCAUCCAAUAUCUAGAAGGUUAUAUGCUUUAUCUAAGAUUCACCACGUCCUCCCCAUUUUUAUGCCAACUGAUGCCUCUUUGAUGCUGAGGCUUUUGAAAUUCUGAAGCUCUAUGCACAGCAGUGAAAAGGGAUGUGGAAGCAGGAACAGUCAACAAGGGCUGGCCACGCUGGGCUGAUGUGCCAGUCACAGGGAUGUCUCUCCAUUGUUGGCAGGAUCCAGAGCCCUUUGCUAGGGAGAGUUCCUGUGCUACCCUUCAUCACAGCCUCUGGAGCACCUUGUACAGCUUUAUGAGUCUGGUCAGUCAAAUUUCAGAAAAGUUAUGUGUCCUGCUUGCUUCAAGCAUUUUUGGAAGCCAGUCUUUUCUGAUGUCAGUCAUUUUGCUGGAGUAUGUGUUGAGUCAGUCCAAGUGUGUAUCUGUGCUUAUAAUUGUACUACAAAUGAUAUCCAUUAAUGUCAGGAAAUUAAAACAGAAGGCAAGCAUUUUCCCAAUAAUUAAUAACACACAUGAGUGCUUGGCAUGGACCCCUGAAUUAGAAAGAACAUGUUUACUGUUACAAUGCUGAAGGACAUUUUACAAACAUCCAUGUUUGGACACAGCCUUAGACAAGCCACAGUAAAAAAUUAUGAUGUUUACAAAUGAGUUGUUCAGUUGGUUCAAUGUUUUUCUUAUGAGUGCAGUCCUCAUUGUAAAUUUGCCUUGUCUGCAGAAGAUUAAGGGAAGGCUGAUUUCUAAAUUCUGAGAUGUAUCUGCUGGCUCUGCUGCUGUUCUUCUAGCUAUUGCAACCCUUUCUCAUCAUGAAAUGUAAAAGGCCCUUUCUUCAGCUAUUGUAACUUUAGGUAAACAGCUUAAAGUAUUUACCACAUGUUAAAUAUUAAUGUACAUAGCUAUUUUCAGUCCUGUCAUAUCUUCUAGCUCUCCUGCCUGAGAACACUUUUCUAGUUUUUGGAAAGGGUAUUUUUCUUUUAUUUGUUUAUUUUGAGGUUGGCCAACUAUAGUCUGGGCUUUUUCACAUAAGCUUGUACUCCCUGAAGGAAAAAAGAAAAAACAGGUGUUAAACAGGCUGAUCAGAAUGAUGGAAGCCAGUCUGAUACAAAUGGCUUCUGCAUUCCACAACAAAAUCCUUCCAAAGACCGUGUCCUGACAUUGUGACAGUGCUCCCAACCACCUGUGGCAGCCAGCUGCCACAUCCCAGCUGCCCCCAGCAUGAGCCAUAGCCCUGGUGGCAGCCCACCUCCAGAGCCAGGGACUAGGCACUCGCCAGCCAGCACAAGAUCCCUCACAUGGAAAUCCACAAUGCCAGUUCCUAAGUGGGUCAUGUUGUAUGGACAAAAUACAUGCAGAGAACAUGCUUAGAAGGACUUACCAGAGGAGAAAAGCAAGUUUGGCAGCUACAGUGAGUGACAGUAACUCACAGACAUUCACAUCUCUGAGAAGCAAGUACCCUGCUAAAGCACCUUUCUCUAAAUAGACACUGCUCCUGUGACUGCACUCCCAGGGUAGCUGUGCUGGACAAAGGCAGUGAUAUUCCAAUUUGGUUUGUAUAGAGACCCUGCAGUGUGUAAAUAAGUACAAAAGUAAUUUGGUUGCAACUACAAUCAGAAUAGUUGUAAAUGGAAUUCAAAAGCUUAGGGAGAUAAAAACUGUUGAAAAUCAGAGGACUGUUUUGCUUCUGUACAUGAAAUUUGAAGGGCAUCAUAAACAUAACUAACCUAGACUGCUUCCACCCUUCCCUGAUUGUAUUGCAGUUGCUGCUGUUGUAGAUGUACAUGAAUAUAUAAAGAGUUACAAUUUUUAUUAUAAAACCCACACACAAUCUAUUUUAUAUUUAUAUUAAAAUGUGUAUGCUGCAAACAGCCUAAUAA